AAUGUGUGUAAUGCAUGUGUGUGCAUAUACACUGCAUUCUCCCACACAUUAUUCUUGUCUGCAGUUUUGUACAAUAAAGCAAAAAAAGAGGCUGAGGUCAGAGUCUCCUUGCUGGGCUGCCAGUAGGUUUUAGCUGACUUGAAGUUAGUGUCCACCAGUCGUCCGUCUGUGAGCUCGGGGGCUGGCUGAUGCAAACGCCAGCUGAAAUUAGUCAUUUCCUCCAUGGACAUGAUGGGGUAACAGCAGCUCUGGUGAUGACAACGAAGAUGUGGAGUUGGUGUCAUCGACCAGAUUAUUAUGGGAGCAAAGAGAAAGAAAAGAUGAAGAGGUUUCAGUGAAAGUAGCAGAAGGGACAUUUUCUUUAGAGAAAGAUCGUGAGGGGAUGAGACGAGGUUGAGAGUAAGAAAGGUGCAAAAAGAGCACAGAGAGAAAAUGUAAGGAAAGGGAAUAAAGACAUAAAGACAAAGGAACAUAAGUUAAGAGAAAAAAUUGAAAAUUGCAUUUGUGUGAAAGAUGUAAAAAGAAACUUACACAAGAUUGAACAAGAGGGAAAGAUCAAGCAACCAAAAUAAAAGUGAGGUAAAGAGUGUAGUGGAGCAGAAGCCAGAGAAAGCUGUAAAAAUAGAGAGAUAUUGUAUGUGGAUAAGCUGAAAGUGCGAGAGAGGCGGUUAAGGAGAAAAUUAGAGGGAAGAGAAAACCUGCAUGGGGCAAGCUGGAAGAGGGAGGGAGAGUUGUAAACACAAGAAUUGGAAAGGCAGCAAGGACAAAAGUACAGAAGCGUUGCCACUGAGCAAAGGAGAAAGAAAUAGAAGCAUGUCAUCACCCGCAUCAUGAGGGCUUCAAAGAUUGAGGCUAAGGAGGCUUGUGAUUGGCUUAGAGCAGCAGGAUUUCCACAGUACGCCCAGCUCUAUGAAGAUUCCCAGUUUCCAAUUGACAUUUCCUCAGUGAAAAAGGACCACGACUUUUUGGACCGGGAUCUGGUGGAGCCUCUAUGUCGACGUCUAAAUACUCUGAACAAGUGUGCCUCCAUGAAACUGGACGUCAGCCACCCUAAGAAGAAAGGGGAUGACUCUGAUGAAGAUGACCCUUUGGCUAUCAGUAAAAGGUGGACCUUCGAGUGGAGCAGCCGACGAUGGUCUCGCCUGCAAGACUUCCUGUUGGACAGCACCAAUGAAAGCAGCCCAACAGGUCAGGGGGAGGGUCUGCUGCACAGCACAGUGAGCAGUGAGAGUGUGCUGACAGACCUAAGCGAGCAAGAGAUCACAGAAAUCUCCUCGCUGCACAGUGAGGACUCCGCCUCCGCCAUGCCUGAUUCUAUAUCUAUGGCAUCACUCUCUGCUUCCUACCAACCACCCAGGGAUCUUCCACACUACAACUCCCUGCCAAUCAAGAGCAGCAGGCAUGGGCAAGGAGGGCGGAGUAAAGCCAAAGAGUUUUUGCGUCGCAUGGAAGUAAUGCGCACGUGGGGGCCGUCCACAAUGCGGAAAAGCUCAAAUCGCAGGCCACCACUGGUCAUCAGUGGGCCAGUGUUACAGGGCGAGGAGCCUCAAGCACUGCAGAUACUCCAGUGUACACCCAUCAGCCAACUAGAACACACCCCUAAACACAGCCACCAAACUGAUGGUGACUCUUCCUCUGUCUCCCUUACCAAUGAUUGUAAACCACAGUCCACGGUGAGUGUGAGCCCCACCAGCGAGACAAUGGCCUCCAGUGUGAAGGAGCCUGUGCGUACAAAACGCCGCACUGCCAGCAAGAGAAGCAGCAUGUAUUUAGAGGAUAUGGACCUACCAUCCCAAGGUAAGAGGACUGAAGGACAAAGCCAGUUUGGCAGAAACCAGUUUCACUCAUAUGAAAACCUCCUUGUUCACAUCCCCAAGGACCAUAAACCAGGCACCUUUCCAAAAGCUCUAUCCAUAGAGAGCCUGGCGCCUUCCCCUGGUGACAGAAACAAUGGCCCCCAGACACGAGCCCAAACUUCUCCACUCACCAAUGGCCUGUGUGAGUCCUGGUCUGGUAAACCUUUGUCCAAGCCCCCGUGUCCUGGAGCUCCACGGGGCAGCAGGGUAAGUGUUUACGAUAACGUCCCGGGCUCCCACCUUUACGCCAGCACGGGAGACCUGCUGGAUUUAGAGAAAGAGGACAAUUUGUUCCCUCACCUAGAUGACAUCAUUCAGCACGUCAGCGGUUUGCAGCAAAUAGUGGACCACUGGAGCCGCAGUGUGCUGCCUGAGGAUGAGACAGGGGAGGGAGAGGAGGAAGGGGAGGGCAGGACCACGUCCAGUGAAGGCGAAAGAGAUGGGGUCUCCUUGAACGACACUGAUUCUGCAGGAACCAGUCGGGAGAGGCGGGACUCUGGAGUUGGGGCCUCGCUGACAAGACCACGUCUACGUUGGCCCAGUUUCAGAACAUCUGAUCAUCUGAACCAGCCGGCAUCUUCACUGCAGAUCGGUAGCCAAUCAGCGGGCCAGCUCAGCCUGCUGCAGAAGUUCUCUUUGCUCCGCCUCACCGCCAUCAUGGAGAAGUACUCAAUGUCAAAUAAACAUGGAUGGACAUGGUCUGUGCCCAAGUUUAUGAAGCGCAUGAAGGUUCCAGACUACAAAGAGAAGAGUGUGUUUGGUGUUCCCCUCAUCAUCCAUGUCCAGCGCUGUGGUUUUCCGCUCCCUCUGUGUUUACAGCAGGCCCUCAGUCACCUCAGAACACACUGUCUGGACCAGGUGGGACUGUUUCGCAAAUCUGGCGUGAAGUCUCGUAUUCAGGCUCUGAGGCAGCAGUGUGAGCUGUCCCCCGACUCUGUGAGCUACGAGGAUCAGUCAGCUUAUGACGUGGCUGACAUGGUCAAACAGUUCUUCAGAGACUUGCCAGAACCUCUGCUAACAAGCAAGCUGGGGGAAACCUUCCUGCAUAUUUACCAGUAUGUCCCAAAGGAGCAGAGGUUGCAGGCCGUCAGAGCAGCCAUUUUGCUGAUGCCAGAUGAAAACAGGGAGGUCCUCCAGACGUUGCUCAGCUUCCUGCGUGAUGUCACUUCCUUGGUGGAGGAGAACCAGAUGACGCCAAUGAACCUGGCUGUUUGUCUGGGACCUUCACUUUUCCACCUCAGCAUACUGAAGAACGAGACGCUGUCACCAAGAUCAAUCCAGAAGAAGUACACCACAGGCCGUCCUGAUCAGAAAGACCUGAGUGAAAACCUGGCAGCCACCCAGGGCCUGGCACACAUGAUCACUGAGUGCCAGCACCUCUUUCAGAUCCCAGAGGAGAUGGUGACCCAGUCACGUAACUCCUACAUGGAGGCUGAGUUGAUGGUGCCCCCGUUGGAAGAACUGUGCAAGGCUCACCAGGAGGAAGGGGAUGAGGAUGAGGAAGAGGAGGAUGAGGCAGUAUCCUAUCAUACACACCUAGAAAGGCUGGUUCAGAACCUGCUGGAAGAGGCCAAAGAUAAGAGCAAAGGCUGGGUGUCUCGCACAACUACUGACAAUACAGAACUGUCAUCUAAAAAGGUGGGAGAUGGUAACCCUCUGAGGCGGUGGCGAGUGUGUGUUGAGGUGUCAGCAACUCCCACUGAGGUGCUGCAGCGUCUGCUGAGAGAGCGCCCUCUGUGGCAGACUGAAGUACAGCAGGAGAAGGUUCUGGAGACGCUGGAUAAACAGACAGACUUGUACCAGUACUCCUGCGGCAACAUGGCACCUCAACCCAGCUGUGAUUAUGUGGUACUAAGGUCGUGGCGUACAAACCUGUGUAAAGGCUCCUGUGCGCUGGUGUGUGUGUCCAUCGAACAUGAUGAGAGCCCACGCAUGGGAGCAGUGAGGGGGGUGGUGCUGGAGUCCCAGUACCUCCUCGAACCUUGUGGGACUGGAAAGACCAGGCUCACCCAUAUCUCCAGAGUGGAUCUCAGGGGAAGAUCUCCAGAAUGGUACAACAAAGCAUUUGGUCAUCUGUGUGUUAAUGAAGCCCAGAGGAUCCGCUCCUCUUUUCACCCGCCAGAUCAAACAACUACUGAGGCCAAAAACUAAACCCCAGUUUUAUCUUGGGUCACACUGCCAGAGCAGCUGGGCCUGAGAACCAAUGAUCCAGGAGAGGAAUCAUCCAGGCAGUGGACUUUAGUGUUUUUUUCAUGCUGCUGAGCCACACUGAACUUUACUGUACCACACUGUACUGAGUAUUUACUGAGUCAUUUACACAUAGAAAAGGAUUUUUUUGUAUUACAGCAAUUACAUUAGUUCUGCAGAACAACAUACCUAUUUAUCUCAUACAUUAUGAUUUUCAGGGCCUAUUUUUGCGCCACGGAACAAAUGUUUGCAAUUUCAAAUAUUAAAAUAGCUUCUUUAAUUUAUUUUAAUAGCCAUUGAUGUUUUAUAUAAUUGGCUAGUAACCACGUGCAUUAUCGGGGGGAUGAGGUUGUGCAGACAGUAUUGGUAUUUAUUGCUCUGGGUAAUUUUUCCAAAUCCUCAUCUAUUUAUCCAAUAUCUUGCAAAAGAAAUUACCUCAUAAAACAGCCAGCACUAUAAGGUUUGAUCCUGAGAUGGUUGCAGUCUCUAUCACCUUAAUCUGAUAUACUGUAGUUAUUACUAAUUUCAUAGUAUGUUAAAUAUUUACAGCUUACGCCUGUAACAGUCACAAUUCUUUAAUAAUGUGUCCAUCUAUAAACUAAGCUGUGAAAUUAUCACUUACAUGGGCACAUUUAUAAAAUGCACUUGAUUAAGAUCAAGCCUUCCACAGAUAAAGAUGCAUAAAUCCCAGGCCCCCCAAAAAAUCUGGAAUGACCGGGACCAGUACAAUAUGGCUACAUGUCGCAUUACAUUGUGAAAAUGCACUAGUUCAGGAAAAGCAAGCACAUGAGGGAUCUGGAUUACAGAAAUGGGAAACAUUCAUCUGGUCCAUAAAUGUGCUGUUAUGGAUACAUUGUGUUGGAAAUCACUGUUGAUUUAGUUCUGUCACUAUUUUCAGUGUUAGUCUUAUCUAAAUAUUAUUUUAACGUUAUUAUUGUCAUUAUAUCAAUGUUUAUUGUAUCACUUUUUGCUGUCAUGUUAUACAAUGUCUAAGACAUGUGACCAUUUCACUGCUUCUGGGAAGCAUGUUUGAAGUUCUGUGCGGGGGUGUGUACAUGGAUGGAUGUGCCUGUGUAUCUGCUUUCUAGGUAUACGUACAGCCUUUAUUGUAAAUAAAUAUGACGCUAUCUGUGUCAGCAGAUCAAACAUCAUAGCUUUUCAGGGUCUUCCUAUCAUAUUGAUAUGCUGAAAUGUGAACCUUGUACACGCCAUCCUACUAAUGCAACAGCAGACUAAUGCUUGCUCUGCCAUGGCACUGCCUGGGCUUUUUUUGUUUCGGCUGUAGGCGUUGCUAUGGUGUUGCUAUGAUACGAUAUCUCUACAGUGCCACCAAAUCCUGCGUGAAUGCUGUCAGCUAGUGUCGCAUGUGUGUGUGUGUGUGUGUAAAUAAGUGUGUAUGAGAGAAACAAAAUGACAAAAAUUGAGUGAGUGACAUUGACGUGAGCCCUCGGCUGUGUAGGGAGGGGCUCCAAACCUAUCUAAGUAGCUGAGAACAGGGUGAUUUAUGCUUGGUCAUUUCUGACAAAGUGACAACCAUUGUUUCCAAACGAGAGAAUAAAAAAUUCAAC